AUGCAUAAGCAAUUAAAUAAAAAGCAUGAUCACCCAUUACGACCGUGGUUUAUAUUAGGAUACCUGAUGAAUGUUAAAAUGGAUUGCGAAGAAGUGAUUGAAAAAGUGGGCUCUUUUGGCUUAUAUCAGAAAAUUCUGGGCCUAUUUCUAUGCCUAUUGAUCGCACCCUUCUUUGCUUUCAACGAUAUAACACAAUUCUUGCUGUUUGUGGAGCCCAACCAUAGCUGCACUCAUCCCACAGAACAAGUGUACGUCUAUAAUGACAUCGUAUGGUUUGACGCGUCCGACAAAAAGAUCGUAAAACAGUGCGAAAUAAUUGACACUUUGGGCAAUAAAACCAAUUGUAUUUAUGGCCAUCAGUAUAACUAUUCGCAUAUCUAUCCAACUAUUGUCUCUGAAAAUAACUGGGUUUGCGAACAAAAUUGGAAAGUAUAUUUUGCUUACAAAAUAUAUUGGACAGGGUCAUUGGUGGGGGUUUAUGUGAUUGGCGCAAUUGCCGAUAGAUACGGAAAAGUGCCGGCAAUAGGUGUCUGCCAUCUGAUAGGAGCGAUCGCCGGCACGACUACAGUAUUCUUUGCCCAUAAUUUCGUAAUCCUAUUGAUCUCGAGAGCACUCAUGGGUUUUGUAGUGUUAUCUCAGGGCAUGUUUGCAGUGGUAUUAGUGAUGGAAUUCGUCGGAAUUGACGGCCGUAUGAUUAUAUCAACACUAUUUCUAUUCAGUUAUUCAAUAACCGCUGCCAUUCUUCCGUGGAUUGCAUACUAUAUCCAUAACUGGAGAAUAUUGAGUGUUAUAACAUCGGCGCCACUCUUCAUAGUACCACUUUAUUCCGGAAUCGAUUCGUUGGUUGAUAUCGAAAGGAAAGCACGAAAGGGCUCAAAGGAUACUCAAAAAAAUUGCGAUCAUAAACAGAAAAAACAUUUCUGA